AAUCAAUAACUAAAUUUUGACCAUUUAUUUAGAAAAUUCAAAUCUAAGGAUAGGGAAUUAAAGGUCAUUUUUAUUUUCUCUAGCUUUCUUAAUCGGCUCAUAUCUUCUUCGUUUUAACUCGGAUUUUUUUUUGCACAGAUGGAACAAGUUCGUUGUGCUCUACAAAAUGAGAUAUAUUUUCAAUAUUUUUUGAGAAAAAAUUCUUGCCUCUCGGUACCAGCUGCAUACCAUAUGGUAUAUUCUUCGUUUUUAAUUCGUUUUUGAAAACGUUUGCACAAAAUGAACGAGUUCAUCAUGAUCUAUUGGAUCUACAAAUUUCUGGGUGAACAAAUUACAAGACCAAAAAAUACCACCCUGGUAUCGGGUGGUAUCUUGUGGUACACAAUGUUAAAAGUCGUAAAUGACAGUUAAUAUACUUAUACUAUCAUGUAUUCAACCAUCCUACAGUCUUGGUUUGUUCAUACCACCAUAGUACGCUUUUCAAACCAUAGGUAUGCUCUUAUUCUAGUGCAGUUGGUAGUUUGAUGUAUGUUUGGCAUGCACUAGACCCUGAUCUUGCACAUGUUGUUCGUGUUGUCAGCAGGUUCAUGAUACAACCUGAAAAGGAGCACUGACAUGCUAUGAAGAGGAUCUUCCAGUACCUUAAGGGUACAUCUGAUGUGGGGAUUGACUUCGGAAGUGAUACGAAGUGCUUAGUGGCUGGUUAUUCAGAUUUUAACUAUGCUGGAGUUGUUGACACGAGAAGAUCGAUGACUGGUUAUGUAUUCACUCUUGGAAGUUCUAUAGUGAGCUGGAAGGCAACUCUAUAGUCGAUGGUGACAUUGUUUACUACUGAAGCAGAGUACAUGGCGAUGACAGAAGCUGCUAAGGAAGGAAUAUGGUUGAAGGGGCUGGUUGAUGAUCUUGGUCUAUAUCAUAAUCAGGCAGUGGUGUAUUGCGACAGUUUGAGUGCAAUAUGCUUGGCCAAGGAUCAAGUCCACCAUGAGAGGACUAAACACAUCUAUGUGAGGUAUCAUUUCUUGAGGAUAAAGAAGAGGAUUAAGGUGAAGAAGGUUGGCACCGCGAAUAAUCCUGCUGACAUGUUCACGAAGCCAGUUCCACGUGGCAAGUUCGAACACUGCUUGGACUUGCUGAAUGUCUUGAGUGGGUGAAUCCGCCAUAAGGGGCAUUGAUGGCAGGGGGAGAGAAGGAUCAGAGUACAUCAGAGAUUUCAGAGAAAGAGGGUUCAAGUCAAGGUGGAGAUUUGUUGAUGUGACUUCAAUCAAACUAUCAGCCGCUACGAUUGGAAGUCACGGGCCGAGAUCUCGCUGUUCGGUCAACAAGUGUUUGCCCCUUGGCCCACGAUGUAUGGGCUAAAUGUUAUUUGGAUUUGUGUUAUGGGCCUGGUCUGUAAUUGCUUUUUCUUUAUGAGAUUCGAUUAGGUUGGACCUAGGGGAAGUACUAUAAAUAUUUCUCAUACCU